UGUUCCUGAACACAAAGGGAGCUGGAAGACAUUCAGACUUUGAAACACUUAAAUUAAGAUAAUUGCAGUGAUGCUAUCUCGUCAGAUUGAUGCUUUAAAGGUGUUUAGCCCAAGUGAACGCAAAGUGACUCACCUGGUUAAUCUUCUGCACAGAGAAACAUUUCCUUCACUGUCUUUGUCGGAUGACUGCUGGUUGCUCUCUGCCAUCGCGUCUCUCUCUGUGCAUCGCUCCCUCCUCAAGAAGGUGAUGCCUCUGGAGCAGAACUUCGAUGAAGGAUACAACGGCUGCUUCAUCUUCAGGUUCUGGCAGUACGGUCAGUGGGAGGAGGUGAGGAUCGAUGACUUGUUGCCCACUCAGGACAACAACCUGAUCUACCUCAACUCCCCGGACAGGCACGAGUUCUGGAGCUCCCUGCUGGAGAAAGCCUACGCCAAGCUGAAAGGAGGCUACAGAGCUCUGGAUAUGGGCUUCCCUCAUGAAGCCAUGGUGGAUAUGACCGGCGGCGUGACUGAAGUCGUGACCAUCGCUUCACUUCCUGUGGACCUGCCGGCCUUCCUCAGACACCUGCUGGCCAAAGGUGCGCUCAUCAACUGUGCCAACUGCCAGGGUGCUCUGGAGAAAAGGAGUGAGCUUGGGAUUAUGUUCAGACAUGCCUACUCCCUGACUGCUGUGGAGAAGGUGGAGUCGACACAUGGCACCCAGUAUUUGGUGAGGAUCCUGAACCCCUGGGGCAACACGGAGUGGGAGGGGCCGUGGAGCGACCUGAAAGGUCCUGAGUGGAACACGGUGACCAUGGAGGAGCAGAAAAGACUGGAACGAGUUGGUCGGGAGGACGGGGAGUUCUGGAUGUCGGUGUCAGAUUUCCGACAGCACUUCGAGACCAUGGAGGUUUGUCACCUCUCCGACACUCUCAGCACACCGGGCUCCGAAGUGCGUCCCUGGUCCUGCAUAAUGCAUCAUGGGAACUGGGUGCCGCACGUCACAGCGGGAGGCUCUCCAAUGGGGGGCAGGUUCUGGCAGAACCCUCAGUUCUACUUCGUGCUGUCGGAGGUGGACAGUGACGGCUCCAGGAAGACCUGCUCCUUCGUUCUGGCUCUGAUGCAGAAACAUCAGAGACGCAAGGGCAUCAACCUUUCUAUAGCCCUGCAUAUAUACCCGGCUCCCAACGGGAACAAACACUUGACUCCUGAAGAUUUAAGUGUGCUUGCCCCGGUCGACUACAGCCCUCGUUACUCCACACGUCGGGAGGUCGUUCUCCGCAGCUCUCUCCCUCCUGGUCAUUAUAUCAUCAUCCCUUCAACCUCCGAUCCCGACCAGCAGGGAGCGUUCCUCCUGCGGGUGCUGACCGAGAAGGGAAACGAUGCCACUCCAGCUCACAAACCGGCACCACCAGACAACUCUUCAGUGUCUGAGCUUGCAUAUCCUCAUCAGGCCGCUCUGCCCUCGCCCAAAUCCAUCAAACAGAUGUUCAAGAAGCACUGCAACAAGAAGGGCUUCUGUAAACCUCUGCACCUCCACGGUCUGCUGACUGAAGCCAUACAGACAGGAGCGCUGGCCGGCAGUGAGAAGUUCUUGGCUCUGGAGCACUGCAAGAGCUUGGUGGUCCUCAUGGAUAGUCAGGGCAUCGCUCAGCUGAGCUGGCUGGAGUUCCAGAGUCUGUGGGACAAAAUCAGGAGGUGGACGGAUAUCUUCAUGGUGUUUGAUAAGAACAAGACUCAGCACCUGGAGUAUCCAGAGGUCACCCCGGCUCUGAAGGCAGCAGGCAUCAUGGUGGAUGAUCUGGUGAUGCAGCUGGUUGGACUGAGAUACACAGAGCCGGAUAUGACCAUCAGCUACCCCGGCUUCCUCUACCUGCUGAUGAAACUGGAGAGCAUGAUCCAGAAAUUUCAAGCGUACGACAUGGUGGGGAUGGGAACAGUGACGGUCAGCUACAGACAGUGGCUCCACAUGACCAUGUACAACUGACCCGACCCACACCUUCAGACGGGUUCAUCAGGAUUCUGCUUUGUGUCAUCCUUUCUUAUUUUCUAUUCAUGCAUGAUUUUAUAUUGUAGUGUAUUUUUUAGUUGUGUGAGUGGAGCAGAAGUUGUACAGUUUUAUUCCAGUGAUAGAAAAAUGAUGCACUUAGAGUUUUGUUGCAUGAUGACACAUACCGUAGACUGCCUCUCUUAGUUAUGACACUAACAGAGACAUUAAAGGGGAAUCAUUUGUACAAUUAGAGCUUCAGAUGUUUUUUUUUGCAACAGUGAGUCUUUCUGUUGACUAAUCAUUUCAUUCAUGUUCUCCAUCGAGCAUUUCUCUGCCCUUGUUUUGUUUAAUUUUCUGAGUAACUCUGGAUUUACAGAUGAUAAUUUCCUCCUGCUGGAUAGAUGCUCAGCACAUGUUUGUAAAAAUGUAUAUAAAGUGGAUUUAGCACUCGUUUCUUCUGUGUGCCUCUCGUUCAGUCUGAAUAAAGAAGCUGGAGAACAAAACAUAGAGUUGAAA